AUGGAUCAGCAGAAUAAUACUACCGAGAGUUCAUCUCCAUCAAAUGAUGAACUCGAAAUACAAGAAACAGAACCAAUUAUCACCACAGCAACUACUUCUGAAGGUUUAUUAUCAAGUUCAUCUGUACCUAAAACUGCUCGUGAUAAAUUUUUUGAAAAUCUUCAACAUGAAAAGGACAAAAACAGAUGGUCAGCUAAAUGCUUACUAUGUGAAAAGCCUAAAAGAGUUAUAGACAAGUUAGGAGUUACGUCAAAUUUUACUCGACAUGCUCGAGAAUAUCAUAAAAAACAGAAUGAUCAAUGGUUAAAUGAAUUUAAAAAUGUUAAUUCAAUUGUACAAAAGCAUAAAAUUACUAAUCAUUUUCAAAAAAAAAGUCAUUCACCUGUUCAUCAAUCAUAUGGUCCAAAUCAUACUCGACAAAUCCAGUUAUCUAUGGCUAUUGUGAACGAUUUAAUUAUUAAUUUAGGCUUGCCCUUUGUUUUUUGGUUUCCAGCACAUGCUAUCAUCGAUGGUAAUUUUAAAUCCUAUGUUUUAUCUUUUGUUCCAUUAUGGGGAAGUCACUCUGGUUCAUUAGUACUUCAAAAAUAUGAAGAAAUUAUUAAUGAAUUUGGAAUUAAAAACAAAGUGAUUCGUAUAGUUACUGACAGUGCCUAA